AUGGCCUCAGACCACCAGACCCAAGCGGGCAAACAACAGCCCCUCAACCCCAAGAUCAUCAUCUUUGAGCAGGAGAAUUUCCAGGGCCACUCUCAUGAGCUCAGCGGGCCCUGCCCCAACCUGAAGGAGACUGGCGUGGAGAAGGCAGGCUCUGUCCUGGUGCAGGCUGGACCCUGGGUGGGCUACGAACAAGCCAACUGCAAGGGUGAGCAGUUUGUGUUCGAGAAGGGCGAGUAUCCCCGCUGGGACUCAUGGACCAGCAGCCGGAGGACGGACUCCCUCAGCUCCCUAAGGCCCAUCAAAGUGGACAGCCAAGAGCAUAAGAUCAUCCUCUAUGAGAACCCCAACUUCACAGGAAAGAAGAUGGAAAUUAUAGAUGAUGAUGUGCCCAGUUUCCAUGCCCAUGGAUACCAGGAGAAGGUGUCAUCAGUGCGGGUGCAGAGUGGCACGUGGGUCGGCUACCAGUACCCUGGCUAUCGCGGGCUCCAGUACCUGCUGGAGAAGGGAGACUACAAGGACAGCGGUGACUUUGGGGCUCCCCACCCCCAGGUGCAGUCCGUGCGCCGCAUUCGCGACAUGCAGUGGCACCAACGGGGCGCCUUCCACCCCUCCAACUAG